AUGUUAGGACCACCGGCGGACAAUAUUCCUCCGCAAGCAGCCGGCGAUAUGGCCAACACAUCUCGCGAGGCGUCUCCCGCCCGCAGUUCGCGCAGUGUAUCCAGCAUACCUCCGCUAUCGAGAUCUCGCAAGGGCAGUCAGGAAUUCAGCCCGACUCGCAAUUCGACGGCAACCGGAUCCUUAUCCACAAUGCCUUCUGCUGCAGCAGUCCAACGAGCCCUGUCAGCCCACAGGCCCAUUCUACAACCCCCCACCGUAGACUCGGUGCUCGAAGGUGGUCGCUCGUCAGAGAGAUCCACGAAGCCUAUACAAGCCACACCUUCGUGGCCCACUUCCCCCCGACUGAAGUCUCCUCCACCGUCCAAGACAGCGCAAAGAACGCCGUCGAGCAAGAGAAAUGAGGCGGACCAAACACCGUCAAACACCUCCCUGAAGAGACUGGCACCCGCCUCCAACCCUGAUCAAGCUGCUGCGAUGCAUGUCCCAGACUCACAAGAACACAUUGGACCGCCCACCACAAGAACGUCAGCUCGAGGUGCAAGUACAGGAACAAGUACCUUGGAAACGGUGGCCGAAAACAGUGUCCCAACUACUCCUUCGAUCGGCCCUGUGAUGACGUCGCUUACAGACCAGAAGUUGGAUAUCUCAUCUCUCGAUCAGAAGAAUGAAUCUCGGCCAGAACAACCGAUAGCAAAAGAUGGUGAAGGAAGUGCUGGUGAAGGCCCUUCAAAGAUGGCAGCGGCAAAGAUUGAAGGUGGUCGAAGAUCGCGAGCUCCUAGUAGUUCCCGCCCAGCUUCGGACCUAGCAAAACGCUCCUUCAGCAGCCUUACAGGUUCUAAACCAAAGCAACCGGAUCCUCCUAGGACUAUGACUGUGGAGACAGAGACUGUUACAUCCAUGCCCCAAUUGCUAGGCCCUGACCGAAGUGGAAGGGAUAGGGAUGGCAAUGGCAGUGUCAGAACCAAACCAAGCAAUGAGACCAUCAGACCGAGGAAGAAAAAGGAGAAGCCUCGCAAAGCACCAUCAAUCCAUGCCGGGACCAUCACUUCGAAGGCUGAUUUGUUUGAGGCAAGGGUUGCGAGCGCGGUUGAUGAAGCUGAAUCGGACGAUUCGGACGAGACCUUUGUCUAUGAGUCCAACCCGCCCGACAACAGGCCGGCUCGUCAUCACUCUCGAACGCCGAGUGCCACCUCGCUGGCCAGUCAAGAACAGUUUGGCAGCCGCAGCAAGCAUGGUAUUCGCAGCGGCAGCCAGGCGAUACCUGGGAAGAAGAGCAUGAAGUUUUCCAACAGCGCCUAUAACAACCAUCUCGAUGGGGAGGCAGGCCCAGAAGGACGCGGAAGUCAGCGCACCACCAGUUCGACUCCUCGUCACCACCAUAUUACUCGUCAUGGUCGACCUCACCACGCCUCAAUAUUGGACGCAGACUCGACCUUCACCCAGGCAAACAAGCCAAAUUCGCCACGGCCUUCUACGAACAACUUGUCACGGUUCUCUCGUCCUAACAGUCCGAGAAAUUCGAAUGGGCGACUUUCCUCAACUCCGCGUAAAGGCGAGGUCUUCGAUCCAUACGACGCAGCCGACGAUGAAAGAACGCCUUUGAUGGGUUCUGUUCGGGUCAAUCGCACCCGCCACAGUCGUCGCCCUCACAGCGCGACCUUCCGACACCUCGAUUAUAACACACCACUCGACCGGGGUUACUGUGGCGGGUGGCUGAGUUGCAUUUGUCUUGGUCUCGUGAUUCUCGUUGUUUGUGUCGGGGUCAGCACCUUUGUCAUGGCUCUCAACAGGCCACUGCUGGAUGUCUCUAUCACACAUCUUCAGAACGUGCUUGCAUCUGAGCAGGAAUUGAUGCUGGACCUGCAGGUCGAAGCGCUUAACACGAAUCUAUUUGCCAUUACGGUGAACGACCUAGACGUCAAUUUGUUCGCCGAAAGUCCUUAUGUGGGGUCCACGUCUAACUGGGAACACCAAUCGCAGAAGAGCCGACUCCGUUGGGCCAGUCGUCAAGAUACAAAGAGCUUGGGAUUUGACUGGCCUCCAUGGCAGUCGGAUGACGGAGUCGACGAGGGCACUGAUCCGAUAGACGAUCCCGAAUCGGGCACGCAGAAAAUGUUGCUGGGCAGAGUUCUUGAGUUCGACUCGCCCUUGGUAUUUGAGUCUUCGCCGCUUCGUCACAGCUAUCAUUCCUCGGUAGGCGAGAUCCGGCUGGCCAGACCAGGCAACAAGACGGAAGUGGGAGGGUCUGCGAGAUGGGAGAGAGUGCUACAGCAUCCGUUUGAUCUUAUCGUCAGGGGGGUGAUCAAAUAUCAGCUGCCCCUGAGCUCGAAGACCCGGUCCGCUAAGAUCGGUAGCCGCAUCAAGGUGUUACCCACCGACGAUGACUCCACGGCCGACCUCGGUGAUAACCCGCAGCUUCUCAAGCUUUAG